UGCAAUCCACAGGCAAGGCUAGGUCAACUCUAGUUGUCGUCAUCAUAAGCGAUGGUGACAUUGUGCUCGUACUUCAAUGUAGCAAUAUUUUUGCUACUGCUGUUCAACAGCUGCUUGCCUCAGCAGCUACGGCAGACUCGAAAAGAGGGAAAUGCGCAACGGAAUCGGAUGGAAAGACCUCGAGCUCCCGAUGGGGCUCAGCUGCAGACGGUGGGAAAACUGAAAACGAAUAGCAGACGAACUGAUGCUCGUAGAAAGGAAGAAGAAGGAAAUGUGAGAAGUCGACCACAGUCUGAUCGACAUCAUGUCGCUGAGGCUUUUCAGGAAGAAAGAGUACUUUCGCAAAAAGGAUCGGAUCAAAAUACUAAUGGUCGAACUGUGCACCGUCAGCCAGUAAAGUCAGUCAAAAGUGCAGCUGAGAUGGCGAAGGAUUACAUUGCUUAUCGUCUUCCGUGUUCAACUGACGUGGACUCCUUGUGUUCAAAUGUACAGCGCGAGAAUAACUUUCAAGUUCUAUUCUGUCUUCAACGACAACCCGAGGCUGUCUCUCGAGAGUGCCACCAGGUAUUGUGGCAGUUCAAACUGGGUCUAACGCAAGAUGAGGGCCUUGACCGUACCAUCGCGCACUGGUGUUCAUCAGAGGUAUCUUCAAAUAAAUGUGACACUGUCAAGCAUGGAAAUGGUGAAUUGCUGCCUUGCCUUUUAGCAAUUCGAAGAGACAUGAAGAGUGUGAAUUGUCAAAAUAUAUUGCUACGGAUUCAAAUGAUUGUUUUUUCGGAUUUUCGUCUAAUUCGUGGCUUUGUUGAAGAUUGUCGUUCUGAUAUAGAGAAAUUCAAUUGUGCCAAGGUUGAGGUGCUAGAUAGAAGUCUUGUGGAGCAGAUUGAAGUACCACAAAAGUCUCAAGGAGCAACUAUUGCAUGUCUUGAAAUGCACAUUGAUGACCUGUCAUUGGCAUGCCAGAAACGCCUUGUACAGAAGGAGGAACAGGCAGCUAGUGACAUCAAUCUUGAUCGUGCUUUGGUACAAGCGUGUCAACAAGAGCUGGGGACAUUUUGCAGUCAUGUACCACCUAAAGAACCAGGUGGUCAGUACGAUUGUUUGUUCCAUCACAAAUUUGACAGAGCUGUUAGCAAAGAUUGUAAGAAACAAAUUAAACGAAGGCAGAAGAUUGAAGGCAGAGAUUACAAGGCAGACUACAGCUUUUCCAAGGCUUGUAAGGAUGACAUUGAGCUACAUCAUUGUGCAGAAAGCAACAUCAAUUAUGGAUUUGGUCGAAUGGCUAAAAUUAUUUUAUGCCUGGAUGAAGCCAGUAUGGAUAAAAGCUCACAACUUUCGAAAGACUGUCAAUCACAGAUGUUAGAUGCCAAGGAGCGUAUGAUGGGAGACUACGAAUUAAGUCAUGGGUUGGUAGAUGCUUGCCAUGAGGAUGUGAAUGACUACUGUAAACAUGAAGCAGACAGUAAUGAGGAAGGAGCUGUUAUUGAAUGUUUAAUGGGCAAAGUAACUGAUGAUGGUAAUGAAGACGAUGAAUCACAACCAAGGAUGGGUGCGGGAAAGCUCAAAACCGGAUGUGCUGAAGAGCUUCAGAAACUUAUUCAGCGUGCUGAUCCAGGAAGUGACUACCAUAUAGAUCAUGUUUUGGAACGAGCAUGCAAGCCGUUUAUCAACUCAGAUUGUCCACCAGACACUGGAGAGGGUGAUGCAGCAGUUCUGUCAUGUCUGAUGGAAAAAGCAGAUAGUGAUAAGAUGCCAUCUGACUGUCGUAAACACCUUCUACAUCUCCAGUAUUUUAUAGCAAGAGAUUUCAAGUUAGAUCAUCAGUUGUACUCAAAAUGUAAGGAUGAUGCAGCAAGGGUGUGCAAGUCUGCUAUUAUGAACCCAAAUGGAAUGACAGAGAUGGAAGGGAAUGCUGAAAAUAUUCCUCCUCAGAUGAUUUUGGCUUGUCUGUAUAGAGCUGACAUUGAGUAUGAAGACAACAUAGAUGAUAACAGUCACCAGGUGUCUAGAAAGUGCCAUACUGACAUAUUACGAGUUCUUCGUGAGCGUGCUUUGAGUAUUCAACUCAAUCCAGCCAUUCAUGAAGCAUGUUUGCAAGAUCUUGGCUCUUUCUGUCCACCUUCAAGUGAUGAUAGUUCAGAAGAGUUCAAGUGUUUGCAACAAAACAUUGAUAAAGUUUCUUUACAAUGUCAACAGUCUUUGAAAGAGUGGACAGCAGCAGAGGCUGAGGAUAUUCGGAUCAAUAAGCCACUGAUGAGAGAAUGCAAGCAUCCUAUACUGAAAUUUUGCAAAGAAGUUGUUAGCGAGGGAGCUGGCAAACUGGUGCAAUGCCUUGUGGCACACAAGAAUGAUAAGGAUGUUUCACAGAAUUGUAGACAACAAAUUCAGUCUUUUCAAGAGAUAUCUAUGAAGGACAAAUCAUUUGAUUUUAAUUUACGUAAAUUCUGUCGAAAUGACGGGAAAAGGCUUUGUCCAAACGUGAAGACAAGAGUGCAGGUGUUAGAUUGUUUCAAGGGCGUUCUGAUGGAUGGACAAAAGCGGACUAGCAUAUCAGGAGACUGUUUAGCUCAGCUGAAAUUGGCUCUUAAGGAAGUGGUAUGUAUGCUACAGUUGUAGGUACUCUAAAUCAUUUGAAUCUUUACUGAAUUACUUGAAGCAUUCGAUUUUAUUUUUUUAUUUUUUGCAUUUAUGUCAGACAGAGCAAGACUUGCUGAAGAGACAAGCUGUGACAGUGUAGACUUGUUUACAGUGUACACUUGUUUAAUAGGUAAUGUGUACACUUUUUGACAGUCAUUGACACUGCUCACUAAACUUCCAUAAUCGUGAAUUUUUUUUAACAAGCAAGUAAUAGCUGUUUAGUUGAGUCGCUUAUACGUAUAGGGCUACUGCUCUAUUUACCGCUUGUGGUCAGGUUAACUUUGUCUUUUUCAUAAGUUUUAGUAAGUCGGUAUCUGCAGAGAUGACAAGAGACUUGUACAGCUGAGG